AUGCACAUCGGUCUGACGACCAAGCCGGACGUGAAGAGCUCUAAUGCAGCCGAAGCAAAGUCUCUACCAUCAUCUAUAGCAGCUGUGACAAGAUUAAGAAUCGAUAUGAGCGCAUUCAGCUACAAUGGUCCAAGCUACACGCCUGCACGUCCUAAAAAGUCAUUUUCAUUAUGA